UUCCAACAUUAGUCCCGAAUCCUCAGGCGUAUAAAUUUAUAUUAAGGUACAAACCUCACGCCUCAUGAACACUCGCCUAGGUAUGCUCGUGUGCUUGUCAUUUUUAAAGGGACGCGUUCGUCCUGGUUCAAUAGAGUGGGCGACUGGGUGGAAACAUCACGUUUCAAUGGGUGGAAAUCCUGCAUAAUCCAUGCCUAAACAUCGUCACAGUUGCCAGGUCCGUUGACAAAGCAACAACAAAGAGUUUUCAUUUUAGUUUCUCACAAAAAAAAACAGAUAAAUUCUGCUAUCAGUACGACAGAUUUUAUAUAUCCCUCCUCGUCUCCAUGGUUCUAUUCGAUCGAAGAGAGUAUUAGGCUACUGCUGUGUCACUGUGAAAGCUUAAGGUGAGCAGUUGUAAUAAUAACCCGGAUAGACUUGCUACCCCUCCAAGACUGAGUUUCAAACUUGCAAUUGCAAACGAGGUCCGACAUUACAUAAAAACAAAAACGACUGCCGUUUACUUCAUUCCCCCCGAUAAGCUCGCCUGUUCAUUUGCAGUGAACCAAGCAGAGACAAAAAAAAAAAAAAAAAAUUGUCGCUGACAAAACCACAUAACCCAUCUUCGACAGCAGCUGUUGCGGGGCAUAUCAGUCAUCUCUUCCAAAACCCAGGCAUUUCACCUCGUCUUACACUGCAACAAUUAAGCACUUUACACAGUAUAACCAGGCCGGUAGCUAGCCUCUGUCGACAAAAUGGACUUCAAUAGCGACUCUCCGUUUCCGGAGGGAGUCAUCUCCUUUUUGGAUACGGAUUUGUAUAAACUCACUAUGCAGUGUGCGGUCCUCAAAUACUACAGCAACACUUCUGUCACAUAUUCUUUUACCAACCGGACCCCGGAGAAAAGGUUGUCUAGAAAGGCUUACCAGUGGUUGCAGGAUCAGAUUAGGAAACUGGGAAACAUUUCGCUCUCAGAUGAGGAGUACCGCUUCUUGAAGGACAACUGCCCAUACCUCGGUACUCAGUAUCUAGAGUUCCUCCAAAAUUUCCGGCUCAAUCCGAGGGAUCAAGUCAUUGUGAGUUUUGCGCCCGUGGGCAAGCAUGAAGGGGCCGAUUCGGAUGUGGGAGACAUCGACAUCCAAAUCAGUGGAAAAUGGGUAGAUACCAUCCUUUACGAGAUCCCAAUUCUCGCCCUGACGUCUGAGGCCUACUUCCGCUUCAUGGAUACCGACUGGGACUACCAGGGUCAAGAGGAGCUCGCCUACGAAAAGGGCAAACGCAUCCUCGAGGCCGGCUGCAUAUUGUCGGAAUUUGGCACCAGGCGCCGGAGGGACUACCACACCCAAGCCUUGGUAUUCCGCGGGCUGGUGAAGGCAAGCAAGGAAGCCCAGAAGCGCGGUCUCUCCGGAAAGCUCUCCGGCACCAGCAAUGUGCACCUGGCGAUGCGCUUCAACAUGGCCCCUGUCGGCACUGUCGCGCAUGAGUGGUUUAUGGGCAUCGCCGCUAUUAUCGGCGACUACCGCAGCGCAUCGGAGGAGGCGCUGGCCCGAUGGGUCGGCGCUUUCGGCCCCGGCGUGCUGGCUAUCGCGUUGACCGACACGUUCGGCACCCCCGAGUUUCUCAAGUCGUUCAGCCGGCCGGUGCGAUGGCUGGAGGAGGCGCACUCGGCGGCAGCGGGCAACGAAUCAAAGACGUACGCGCAGGUGUUUGCGGGGGUGAGGCAGGACUCCGGAGACCCGACGACGUUUGUCAAGCGGAUGCGGGAGUUCUACGACCAACAGAGAAUCAAGGAGAAGAAGACCAUUGUUUUCUCGGACUCUCUUGACAUCGACCGGUGCCUGGUAUACAAGCAGGUGUCAGAGGCUGCGGGCUUCCAGCCGACUUUUGGAGUGGGAACCUUCUUGACAAACGAUUUUGUUGGCAAGUCGACUGGGAAGAAGUCGACGCCGCUAAACAUUGUCAUCAAGCUGAGCUCUGCGGAUGGCAAGCCUGCGGUGAAAUUGAGCGACAACAUUGGAAAGAACACGGGCGAUGCAAACACCGUCGAGAAAGUCAAGCGUGAAAUUGGGUACGAGGAGAAGGACUGGGAGGGCGGUGACGAGACAUCGAGGUGGGGAAAGGAAGCAAAGUGACAACAGCCCGAGGAGGGAAUGAGAUUAAGUAGCUUGUUUUUUAAAUUAGACUAAAUGGGAAUCGAUACGAUAGAGGUGCACAUGCCUUGAUGGUUUGUGUUGCGCACGCAUAAAUGGAGAAAAUAUCAAGCAA